CGUUUUUGAUUGUCGGUCGGAACGGAUUUCUUUGGGUCCCAGUGAACGCAUGUCGUGCGAAAAAAACACUGAAACGUGUGGGCUAAGACAAAAGCAGGCCGACAAGGGAGGGGUGCAUUAGACGGUUUUCUCUUUGCAAUCUAUUCGAGCUCUGUGUUUUAUGUUAUGUGGUAUUUUAUGUGUCCCCAAAACAAAAAAAAAGGUCAAUAAUAACAAAAAGAAAAAAAUGAAAAGCAAAGAAAAAUCAACAACCAAUAAUAAAAAUUAAAUAAGGCCAAUACCAUCAUUGAGUGAAUACCUGUGUUGGUGUGUUGUGCUUAGCAGAAAAUAUCAUUUACCCUAAUUAGGGUCGGUGGAAAAAGAAGCAAACAAAUUACCCCCUUCCCAUCAUAACAAAAAAGCCAAACACCAGUGUAUGAUUGUGCCAGUGUUAAAUGCAAGAGGCACCCAAAGGGGGUAGACCUAGACCAAAGGAAAUGUUAAUGUCAGCUGGAAAUGAAAAGUGAUUGACAUCUUUUAGUUAGCGAUUCGACUGCUAUGUCGCCACGGAUUUCCUAGAGAAAUCCAAAAAAAAAAAAAAUAUGUCACUACUCCUCCCUGCACGCAAGCAAUGCGAAGAAGAGGCCAUGUGAUGUGAUGACACAUGAAUAGAAUGUGAUUUUAUUCUGCUGUAUUGUGCUACCGCUACAACUACUACUAGCUGUGAACAUUACAUAUGUUCUGGCAUACAUCAACUCGAGUAUAUAUGUAUAUACUUAUAUAUAUAUAAGUAUAUCAGACAACUCGUAUCCUUUUGUGUAAAUUGUGCUUAUAUAUCUCUUACAUACAUAUAUAUUGAAAAUCGACCUAAAAAAAUCCAUAUUUGGAUAAGGGCCAAUAAAUUUCGCAAAGAACGUACAGAAGAUUCGCAAUCGUUGCUGCCGCUGCUGCUGCUUCAAAGAUGCCUACUACAAGCUUUCUCUUGGACUCAUUUUCGAAUGGAAAUGGAGCUCGCUUGACAUUGGGCUCUGCCGUUUUGGUCUAUUUGAUUGCCUACAAUGAGACAACUGCACCAUGUGUGGUUUUGGCCACCAUAAUAGCUACAAUUUAUGCAGCAUUGGCGGCUCGCUGUAAAACAAGUCUAAGGACACUGCAAAUGCCUUACAUACGGGCCAGCAAUAAGUUUGACUUUGGCUGCCUCUUUUUGGCCACAUGGAUGGAGAUGCUGGCCAUACUGUGUGCCUGUGGGGCAUUGGCGAGAACGUUGAGCAUGUGUUUGGAUGCCAUGACUGGUGGUUUGGCACGUAUAAUGAUUUUGGGUCGUAACUCACCCACCAAUGAACCCUGGCCAGAUGUCUUGGGUGUAGCUGUGGUCUUUCUUGUGACCGGCAUGUUUAUGUUGGGCCUGGAGCACUCGAAGGCUUUCAGCUUCAUAAUGGCUUUGGCCAUGUUUGGAUUAAAUGCCAUUCUAAGUGCGGUGGGUUGGUGGAAUGGAGAUGCUGUCGCUUGGCAUGAGACCAUAUUGCAGCCGAGUGGUUUCAAAAGUUUAUUAACGGCCACUGCCCUUAUAUCCUUCUCCUUUCCGUGCGAAUGUCCCAGCCCUAAAACUGGCUGGAAAAGAUUUACGGGACUAUUUAUGAUACUAUUUGUAACAAUAUCACUGCUUUUGGCUUCCGGUUGUUUAACCACCAUACUGCAUUAUAAACCUAUUGAAGACUACUCAGCCGUCCCUUUGUUUCAUAUAUUGGACGAUAACAAUUUUCACAAAUUAGUGCCAGCUGCCGCAUGUAUGCUAAUGCUAACAGUAACCGGUGCCUUUUUGGAGUUGUUUCCGGAAUUGUAUCGCAUAAUUGUGCGAUUUGCAACAUCCGAAUGGAGAAUAUUGACCAAGCAGAUAGCCUAUGAAAGUGCCGAUAGUGGAAAUCCAGUAUUGGCGGUUUUCAUAGCAGGUAGCCUUUGUGCCAUGCUUUCAUUUGCUUGCCCUUUGCAAAAUCUAUGCCACAUGCUGGCCGCAAGUCACCUUUGUGCCGUAUUCUUCCGAGCAUUUUAUUUGCUCUAUGUACCCUUCCGUCCAAAAUUUAUUUUACAAUGCAAUCAUGACUCCUCACUCUCAUAUAGUCGCUUAAACACUGAUCCCAUAAGUCACAGCUCUUCGGCAUCACGUUUAAAACGUAGCUUAUGGAAUUUAAGCGUGGGCAAACAAGUACCAAAUAAAAAACCCAAAGUCAAGCCUAAGAAUAAACAAGAGGUGGAGAAGGAAUGGUUGUUGUUGGGUGAGCCCACUUCGCCAUGUCCCCAAAGAGAAACGAAGGAUGUAGAAUCCACUAUAUUGUCAGAUGGAGAACCACCUCCCUCUGAUUUCGAAUAUCCCGAUAAGUUUGAAAACUCAGAUUCUGAUACCUCAACCGAUAUCGAUGCCAUUGUCGAUGAGUAUCGUCAAAAGGUUAAGGUCACCACUGCUGGUCCCUUGGAAAGGACAAGUCGUGUACCCACUGUGUCAUCAUGGCGUGUUACCAUAUUCGCCAUAAUUGUUGUGUUUUUGGGUCUAGCGUUAAGUCUGGCGGGUAUUUAUAUGCAUUGGGCUCCGGCAUAUUUAACGGGAUCCAUAGGUGUUUUUAUUAUAAGCCUCAUGAUGCCUUUAAUACCCAAAUACACAGGCAGUGUCAUCAACGUCAGUCCCGUCAUCUGCUGUUCGGCCAUUUUUAUGGGUGGCAUACUGUUCGCCUCAUGUGCUCAAUAUUCGUGGCCAGCAAUUGUCUUUUGGAUUGGGGCCGGCCUAAUUAUGUUAAUACGAUGUGAUAACAUUUGUUGUGAUUGCCUAAAUCAAAACUCCAAUCUGAAUGAACAACUGUUGCCCAGUGUUUCGGGUGGAGCUGCCAGCACAGCUGCCGCGGGGACAACUACCACAAUACGUAUGCCUAGGCCACCAAAGGGCUUUAUUACCAUACCCACACACAUCAAUCCGCCAAGAUGACAUUCAGAGUCCUCAGAGGGCGAGGAUUUGUUCAAUGAGGACUUUAAUGUGCGUGAUUUCGAGGAGGAUGGUGAUGAUAAUGACGAUUGGACUGAAUAAACAAAAUGGUUGGAUGACUAUAAUAAAAAUAAUUAAACCGAGAAGCGGAGACAUUUGUAUUUAAAGUUAUUGAUGAAAGAACUUUAAUGCUUUUUUCUAAAUUGUUAAUUAAAAUGCCUCAAGCUAAGAUGAAAUGCAAACAAAAGUUAAAAAAAAUACAAAAAAAUAUUUUUGCAAAUUUUGAUGAGAAAAUUUUUCAUAGAUUUGAAACUAAGACGAUGCCGGUGAUGUUAAUUACAAAUGCAGCAAAUAUUUAUGGAAAUCUUUUCCAAACAAAAUUCUUUAAUACAACAGCAAUAAUGCAAUCUUAAAUAUUGGUAAAGAAAAAAAACACGGAAACAGACUUUGUACGGGCUUUAUUUAGAUAUUAAGAAAUUUAUUGAAGUUGUCCUCAUAUGCAAAUAUAAUAAAGAAAUUGAUAGUAUUAUGUUUUGAAAAGGAAAAUGUAAUAUGAUGAACCUGUUGUGGAAUGAAACC